CCCAAAUUAUAAGAUAAUUAUAGAGGUAUUUUAUUGUUUCAAAGUAUGAGAGAAUUUGAUAAAAAUAAAAUUUUAUUAAUAAAUUUUUUUUAAUAUUACUGUCCUAUCCUUCUAAUUGAGAGAAAAUUGAAAUGAGUGCAAUGUAACGAUUGAAUGUGUGAAUUUAAAGCUAUAUUAAAUAAAGAAUAUUUUUAAAUGUUAUAUUUUUUAAAAAAAUAAAUUUGUAAAGUGUUUGGACUUCAUUUUUAUUAAUAAGUCUAACCUUGUCUUAAAUUUCAAGAUUACGGAGUACUCAAAUUAUCUUAUAAUUUAAAAUCAGGAGCACUUGUAGGUAUCUUCAGCAGGAACUUGUUUCACCCAGGAACACAGUCGCUGCUCUGUCAGAGACCAUCCUUUUAUAUUUUAUUCUCUUGAUGAUUUGAAUAACACAUCUCAUUAUUCAUCAGCGAGAAACAACAUGAAAAAUUAUUGAUAAUCGUAAUAACAUAGCUUCGUUCUUUAUUUCUAAUUUCUUGCAUAUGUUCUAUCCUUGUUUUUCUGGGAGGAUUACAAUUCCAAGGAGAUUGUCGACUGGAAUGUCGAUGGAGAAGGACCGAUGGACAGAGUUGGAUGGAUGAAGAUGGAAGAACAAGGACUAGGCGAGGUCAGGUUCUGAUUUCAUAUUAUGGGCCAGAGCUGGACUUGAAACUUAUUGGGCUGGAUCAGGCCUCCAUUUUCAUCUCUUUCCGUUGAGUUGUCCGAAUUGACGACGGAGCUUCUCUUUGCCCACCGCCCACUCCCUACACCGUCCAAUCCCGCCAUCAAAGCUCUGACAAACUCUCGCGGCGGCGGCAUUUCCUAACUACGUUGAUUGAACAGAAGAAACUCAGUGGGAGAUGCGCGCCAGAAUCGUAUCGGAUGUUUCUCUCCUGAAGUCACUGCGCAGUCGUCUGAACAGAAACCUGUUGUUUUCGUCGGAGAUGAGGCUUAACGACGGAGACGGCCCAGAUGACCCUUUGUACUGCGACGUGCCCAAGCCUAGCAGGAGAAAGUAUGAGAGAAAGCCAUAUGUGACGCCCAUGAAAGUUUUGAUUCAAAGGGCCAAAGCGGAGAGGGAAGCUCGAAAGGCUCAGCCUUGCCGGAUGCUCGAAGAACCCCCUGACAAUGGCUUAUUGGUUCCUGAACUCGUCGAGGUAGCUCAUCGAGUUUAUCAAGCUCAUCAAUCUCUUCUCUGUGGUUUAUCGGUGCUCGUCAAAAUAAUUCCCGUCCAACGCUGCAGAUUCUGUAAAGAGGUUCACAUUGGGCAAGUGGGUCAUGAAAUCCGGACAUGUACAGGACCAAAGAGUGGUUGCCGGAAUGCAAUGCAUGUUUGGAGAAGGGGAGGGUUUCAAGAUGUGGUCUUCUUUCCAAAAUGCUAUCAUCUUUUUGACCGUGUUGGCAAACCAAGAGUUGUGCAUGAUGAGAAGCAUUCUGUUCCUCGUAUUCCUGCCAUCAUAGAACUCUGUAUACAAGCUGGUCUUGACCUUGAAAAGUAUCCCACUAAAAGGAGAACAAAACCUGUAUAUUGUAUUGAAGGAAGAAUAGUAGAUUUUGAGACUGUUAUGGAUGAGGACGAAGCUACAAGAAACUUUUCUUUUGAGAAUGUCAAUUCUUUAGCCGAGUCAUGUUUGAUAUUGAACAAUCCUUUAGAUGAGAUGAAGAAUUUGGUGGAGAAUGGCAUAAAGUGUUCGGAGCAGUUGAGCAAUGAAGAAAGGAAAACAUUAAGGAAUUUAGGUAUCAAGACGCUGAACUCUUAUUUUGGGAUGACAUCAGGAGCAAGGAAAAUAAUGGAGAAGUAUAGUGUAAAUACUUGUGGAUAUUGCCCUGAGGUCCAGGUGGGUCCUAAGGGACACAAAGUAAGAAUAUGCAAGGCAUCCAAGCAUCAGUCUCGAAAUGGUUUACAUGCAUGGCAAGAAGCCAUAAUAGAUGAUCUCGUAGGUCCAAAUUAUGUGUGGCAUGUUCAGGAUCUGAAUGGCCCUGCUUUGAAUAACAAUCUGAAGAGGUAUUAUGGCAAGGCUCCGGCUGUGGUGGAACUGUGUGUGCAUGCUGGAGCUCCCAUUCCUGAUGAUUAUAGGAGUAUGAUGAGAUUAGAUGUGGUUCCCCCAGAUCGAGAUGAAGCUGAUCUUGUUGCUUGAAAUGCCUUCCAUUUUCAAGAUGUAUGUGUUGAGUACUUGGAGUUCAUCAGACCAUAUAGCUUAAAGCUUGAUCUUGAGUUUGAACAGGCCUGAACUUAGGCAUCUUAAAUUGUUUCCAUGCCUUCUCAAGAAGACCAGCCUGUGAUAUGUUUUGGAAAAUAUUUGCUGCCUGAAGAAGAAUGAAAGAAAUUGCAUUAUUGAUUCCAAAUUGUCAGUAGAUUGUAGUAUGAAAGAAGACAUCGAACAGUCCAGUGCAUAUAAUUGACGGCUUUAUUCAUUACCAAAA